AUGAGUACACCAUUUGGUUUGGAUUUAGGUAACAAUAACUCGGUCCUAGCAGUUGCUAGAAAUAGAGGCAUAGAUAUUGUUGUCAAUGAGGUGUCUAAUAGGUCUACCCCAUCCUUGGUUGGUUUUGGUCCGAGGAAUAGAUAUUUGGGUGAAUCCGGUAAGACAAAGCAGACAUCAAACGUUAAAAAUACCGUGGAAAACUUGAAAAGAAUCAUUGGACUGAAUUUCAGGGAUCCUGAAUUCGAUAUUGAGAAUAAUUUUUUUACAUCGAAGUUAGUAGAACUGAAAAAUGGCAAAGUUGGCGCCGAAGUCAAGUUCGGCGGUAAAACACACACAUUUUCGGCUACUCAACUGACUGCUAUGCUCAUUGACAAAGUUAAACAUACCGUCCAACAGGAAACAAAAUCAACGAUCACUGAUGUCUGUCUUGCUGUCCCUGUAUGGUAUUCUGAAGAACAGCGUUAUAAUAUAGCUGAUGCCGCUAGAAUUGCAGGUUUGAAUCCCUUAAGGAUUGUUAACGAUGUCACUGCCGCUGCCGUAUCAUACGGUGUGUUUAAGAAUGAUCUACCGGGCCCUGAGGAAAAACCAAGAAUUGUUGGUUUGGUGGACAUUGGGCACUCUACCUAUACUUGCUCCAUUCUGGCUUUCCGCAAAGGUGAAUUAAAAGUACUAGGUACCGCUUACGACAAACACUUUGGUGGUAGAGAUUUUGAUCGUGCAAUCACGGAACAUUUCGCUGAUGAGUUUAAAGCCAAAUACAAGAUUGAUAUUAGACAAAAUCCGAAGGCUUACAAUAGAAUCUUAAAUGCUGCCGAAAAAUUGAAGAAGGUACUCUCUGCUAACACCAAUGCCCCCUUUUCAGUCGAAUCUGUUAUGGAUGAUAUUGACGUUUCCUCGCAGCUGACUCGCGAAGAAUUAGAGGAGUUAGUAAAACCUUUAUUAGAACGCGUGACAGAUCCAAUAUCUAAAGCCUUGUCCCAAGCUAAAUUGACUGUUAACGAUGUUGAUUUUGUUGAAAUAAUUGGCGGUACAACCCGUAUUCCGGUUCUGAAACGAUCGAUUUCUGAUGCCUUUGGUAAACCAUUGUCUUCCACUUUGAAUCAAGAUGAAGCGGUCGCUAAAGGUGCGGCCUUCAUAUGUGCCAUUCAUUCUCCGACUUUGAGAGUUAGGCCGUUCAAGUUCAUAGACCUUGAUCCGUAUUCAGUGUCAUACAUUUGGGAUAAACAAGCUGAAGACGAGGAUCACUUGGAAGUUUUCCCAGCUAAUUCUCCAUACCCAUCAACAAAGUUGAUUACUUUGUACCGUACAGGCGAUUUCCGCAUGGAAGCCAGAUAUACAGACCCUUCAAAACUACCAAAAGGAACUCCUGUAACUAUUGCCAAAUGGAAAUUUACUGGAGUUAAUGUUCCUGAAGGUCAAGAUUCUGUUCCCGUUAAGGUAAAGCUAAGAUGUGAUCCAUCCGGCUUGCAUAUUAUUGAAAGUGCUUAUACUUUAGAAGAAAUUACAGUUCAAGAGCCAGUACCUUUACCAGAAGAUGCUCCAGAAGAUGCUGAACCUGUGUUUAAGGAGGUCACUAAAACAGUCAAGAAGGAUACACUGGGUAUGACAGUGGAAACGUUUGGCUUGAAUCCGGUUGAACUGAACAAUCUAAUCGAAAAAGAAAAUGAACUUACAAACCAAGAUAAACUAGUUGCAGAAACUGAGGAUCGUAAAAAUGCCCUUGAAGAGUAUAUUUACACUCUUCGUGCUAAACUUGAUGAUGAGUAUUCUGAUUUUGCAUCCGAUGCAGAGAAGAAAAAAUUGAAAAAUGCGCUAGCUACGACUGAAGAUUGGUUAUAUGACGACGGUGAAGAUUCUACCAAGGCAAAAUACAUCGCCAAAUAUGAAGAACUGGCUUCGUUGGGUAACGUUAUUAGAGGAAGAUAUUUAGCAAAGGAGGAAGAAAAAAGACAGGCGUUGAGAGCAAAUCAAGAAACCUCGAAGAUGAGUGAUAUUGCUGAAAAAUUGGCGGCUCAAAGAAAGGCGCAAGCCGGAAGUGGCGAUGAUGGCGAAAACAUUGACGAAAACAUGGAUCUUGAUUAA